AGAGAGAGAGAGAGAGAGAGAUACAGAUAGAUGGAGAGAGCGUGUGUGCGAGCGCGCGCUGAGAAGGGGGUGGAGAGGGAUAGAGGACAGUCGGUCCUGUGGUCGCGCGAGCGAUAGAUCGGCCAGGCGAUGAUCUCCCUGGGGCUGAUGCUCGCGCUCCUGGCGAUCGGCUGUAACGCCGGCACGAGUCCCGCCGCCACCGUCAGGAGCUACGAGAACGACACCGUGCACCUGCCCUCCUGCCACGUCGAGGACCUGGGUCUGCAGACGCGGGUGCGCUGGUGGCGGGGCGGCGUCCUCCUCGCGGAUAGCGACGAACCCGGGGCGACGGGCUCGAGCCAGCGGGUGAAGAUGUGGGGAAACCGGAGCCUCGAGCUCGUGCAGGUGCGCCCGGAGGACAGCGGCGAGUACGUCUGCCAGGCUUCGAGGCCCGAGCCCUGGGGCCACGUCACCCAGGUCCACGAGAUCCAGGUCAUGUAUCCGGCGAGCGCGAGGCCGUUGCCGGAAUCCGGGCAGCUGGAGAUCACCCUCGGUGAGGAGGCCCUCAUGUCCUGUGUCUCCGAGGGCGUGCCCAAGCCAGUCCUCGCCUGGAGCUUCCAGGGAGAGGAGCUGCCGAUCCUCGCCUCCGGUCAGCGGCUCCGCAUCCAGGCGAUGAGCCGCGACCUCGCGGGCAUCUACACCUGCCAGGCGAGCAACGGCAUCGGCGAGCCCGCCCGCGCCACCAUCGAGCUCAAAAUCAAGCACAAGCCCGAGGUUACGGCGAUACGCCGCUGGAUCCACAGCGCCCCGGGAAUCCGCGCCCAGCUUAAGUGUCAGGUCGUCUCGUGGCCGGAGGCCGAGGUCGAGUGGUACUUCGAGGGUGAGAAGGUACCGUAUUCCCGGCGCUUCUAUCGGCACAAGCUCGAGGAGUCGACGCCCGGUACCUCCGAGCACGUCCACGUCCUCAUGAUCCUCAGCGUCCAGGCCCAGGAUCUGGGCCAAUACGAAUGCAAGGCGCGGAACGAAAUCGGCAGUGGCGAAGUCGGCUUCGAGCUCUCGGGUCUCGCCGAGCCGCCCCUUCUUAAGAAGGAGUCCCGCACCUCAUCGAGCAACAGUUACAACUUCAUUUGGGAGGUCGACAGCUACAGUGCCAUCGUCGAGUAUCAGUUCUGGUUUCGUCAGCUGGACACGCGGGAGGAUUGGCGGAGGCUCGUGAUACCGAGCGAGAACGAGGGCGGCGGACCCCUGCACGCUAGGUCCUUCAACUUGACGGGCCUCGAGGCAUCCAGGCAGUACGAGGCACUCGUCCUCGCAAGGAACCAUUACGGCUGGAGCAGCCCAUCCAAGAUCCUGAGGUUCGCCACGAUACCAGCGACCAUGACGGAAGAGGCGGCCUACAAAAUUGACAACGACGGACACGAGCAAAUACCUCCAGCCGUGCAGGUGACGUCCGACUCCCAUCGAUCGUCCAUGGACGUGAAUUCAAGCGAGUGCCUUCGCAACAACUUCCUCGUGAUGUUGAUGACGCUGCUGCUGCCGCUACUGCUGCCGCUGCUACUGCAAUCCGUCACACCCAGUGGCCGAUCGAGCUCUAUUCGCCCGCUUUUCUGA